AUGGAAGAUCACAAGAACUUUAAGUUGAAGAAGCCCGGUUUCACCCAGGAUCACGAGAAGGGUUUCACUCAGUCCGACACUGCGACAUACAGUUGUGACAUGUGUGACCGUGAAUUUGCCACCCCAACAGCCGUCAUGUACCACCUCCGAAUCCACAAGAUGCUCCGGUGCCCCAAGUGCAAGUUCUCCUGCUCUAAGAAGAAAGUGCUUGACAAGCACGUGUGUCGGUCCAAGAGAGUGUACCGGUGGACAGGCUACUGCCAGACAUGUUCUGCAACCUUCUCCACCCGGCCACAGCUGAACAAGCACUACUCCCAGCACAGGGACCACCUGCCCAUAGCCUGCCCCUGGGAGGGCUGCACCAUCAGGUUUGAACACCUGUACGACCUGACCAAGCAUCAGGUGGUUCAUACCGGCGAGACCAGGUACAUCUGUGAGUACUGCGGACAGCGAUUCAAACAUGUGCAGAACCUGAAGGUGCACAUACGCAUCCACACGGAUGAGAAACCCUUCAAGUGUGACAAGUGCGACUACUCGGGAAGACAGAAGCAUGCACUGGACUACCACAAUAGCCGUCAUCAUGGGAUUCCCAUCCCCACAAGGUCAAAAGUCAUUGUCAACAGCAGUUAUGAGGAUAGUUUAAUCCAUGAGGGGUCAAAAGUCAAUGUCAACCCCAUUGACCAUAGCCAUCCAAUCCAUGAGGGGUCAAAAGUCAAUAUCAACAGCAGUGACCAUGGCAGUCUCCUUGAGGAGUCAAAGGUCAAUAUCAACAGCAGUGACCAUGGCAGUUUCCUUGAGGAGUCAAAGGUCAAUGUCAACAGCAGUGACCAUGGUAGUCCAAUCCCUGAGGGGUCAAAAGUCAAUGUCAACAGCAAUGACCAUGGUAGUCCAAUCCCUGAGGGGUCAAAAGUCAAUGCCAACAGCAGUGACCAUGGCAGUCCAAUCCCUGAGGGGUCAAAAGUCAAUGUCAACAGCAGUGACCAUGGCAGUCCAAUCCCUGAGGGGUCAAAAGUCAAUGUCAACAGCAGUGAUCUUGACCCAUCUGACCCCAAAGUGUCAGAGGUCAAAGGUGAUGGAGAUGGAUAUAAAUGA